AUGCAAGAGUACUGGGGUUUGGAUCACCACGUCAGAGUGAUACCAUUCUUGAAGGAGACACUACAAACUACGCUGGGUCCGGAAUGGAUCGACGAAAACAACAAGCCUCUAACUCAGACGGAAGUAGACCUUCCUCAUCUCCCACUCUUUAACACUCCCAUGAAAGUUCUGCUGUGGAAUUGUCGAAGGACUACAAAUCCACAUUUUCGAAGGCAUUUCAAUAACCUCAUGGUAGAUCAUCGUCCUCAACUAGUAGUGCUCACUGAAACUAGAGUUGGUGGCAGUAGAGGUGCUGCUCUAUGUCUAAACUUGGGCUUCUCCAAGUAUCACAUUGUGGAAACACAUAGUUUUGCUGGAGGAAUCUGGUUGCUUUGGAAUGAUCUGGAAAUCCACUGUGACAUCAUAGCUCAGACUCAACAUGAGGUCCAUGCUUGGAUUCAGGUCUCUUCUAUACCUUCUCCGUGGCUUUUUUCAGCUAUCUAUGCUAGUCCUACAUUCAAUUCUAGGAGACUAUUAUGGGAAAACCUUACCUUCUUGGCUGAUUCCCAUAAUACUCGCUGGCUCAUAAUGGGUGAUUUCAAUGAAUUACUAACCAGUGUAGACAAAUUUGGAGGUAGACCUAUCAACCUCUCUAGAGCCCUCAAAUUCAAAGAAUGCAUGGACCACUGUGGCAUGUUAGACCUGGGCUUCUCUGGCCCAAAGUUCACUUGGACAAACCUCAGAAAUACUGGAGCACUCAUUCGGGAAAGACUGGACAGAGCUUGGAAUAACCAUGAUUGGCAACUUCUUUUCCCCGAAACUAAAAUCCUCCACUUACCCUGCAUUCACUCAGACCAUUGCCCUAUCCUCCUUAACACCCACCCCCUACCUAGCAACAAUGUCAACCGUCCCUUCCGUUUCGAAACCAUUUGGUUCUCGGAUCCCUCCCUCUUUUCAGUUGUUCGUGACAGCUGGGCCCAAUACCCCUCAUCCUUCCUCCGUAGUGUGGCCACUUUCACCUCUAAAGUCUCCAUCUGGAAUAAAACUUGCUUCGGUAACAUCUUCCUUAAAAAAAGAAGACUAGAAAGACGACUGCUUGGAGUCCAGAAAGCCCUCGACCACCAGUCCUACCCCUUCCUUCUUGAGCUUGAAAUAGCCCUCACCAGUGAACUGAACCAUACCCCCAAGCUUGAGGAAGAGUUUUGGGGUCUAAAAUCCAGAGUUAAUACAAUCCUCGAAGGCGAUCGAAACUCGAAAUUUUUUCACAUCACCACCAUUAAUCGUCGUCGGAACAACUCCAUUUCAGCUCUGAAAGAUACCUCUGGCAUUUGGACGUAUGAGGCCCCUGUGAUUAAAAACAUCCUAGUCUAA